CCGCUUUGAUCACAUUAGUCGUUGACGACCCAUUACGAUUGAGUGAGCGCAGCGGUACGCUAUGGAUAUCCAAGCAUGUUGUUCCCCGGCGACUGCUGCGUCAGUUGGAGACUCACCUGAUCGUGCGGGUUGUGAGACACAACAGCUAGUUCGAUUGAAACCGGCCCAGCGUAGGUGAUUGUUGGUGUGCAGAAAACGAUAUGUUGCAUAAAAAUUGGACCUGGUUUGUUUAUAAACAAAAAUAGUCGCUGUCAUUAUUCAUCUCCUCUCGCAUCUUCCAUGCCUUAUCCUCAUCAAGGCGUUAUACUAUAGGUGGACCGCAAUGUCAAAAUUGCUGUUCGGCCAUUGCUCGUGAAAAAACAAAUUUGUUUACAAAGCAAAUCAUAUCUUUUGGUGACAAAUGCAUUCGUAGGCAAAAUAGCUGCUCGCGCUUCACUGUAGGCAGAUAUCUACAAUCAGCGGUCGAAUUAAAAACAGUGCAGAAGGAUGUUUUGAGUAUAUUUUACCUUCUAGCCGCGCAAUCAAUGCUUUUCUUUCCAAGCAAGCAGCGUUUUUCGGCAAAAGCAUGAAAUAGAAUCGUACGUGGUACGAAUUUAUCGGCACAAUCUGAUCAAGGACGGAGGCAUCAUCAAACGGAAACUACGCGAAAAAUAAAACUGCGCCGCAACACUCGUGUCAAAAUGGACGAGUUGGGCUGGGUGCUGAUGAACCACAAUUUGAUAACACGUAAUGAGCCAAUCCAACAGCAUGCCAAUGGUAAUCGACCAAAUCAUUUUAAAUUGAACAUGGAGCGGUUGCGAAACCUACUGGAGCAGCAAGAACAGAACAAUCACGCUGAGUUAACUUCCAAAAAGCAAAACAAAUUCCUGCGUAUGCUGGAUGCAAUUUUACAAAACGACAAAGUUUUGAAGGAAAUUAAAGAGAUGGUAGCGGCGAAUCGACUUCUAUCGGAAAUUCGUUAUGUGACUACGGUGGAACGUAUGCUGAAACACAAUUUGGACCCCUCUUUGCGCUGCUGCUUUGUAUGCCGAGAGUAUUUCCGCACUGCCGAUGAGUAUACCAGUCAUUUCGAAAAAUUGCACGGUGAGAAAUUUCUUAUUGUUGCGGCGGUGGAUCGAUUUCAGACUAGUCAAAAGUUCAACGUUCUACAUCACUACAAUCCCCUUAAUCCGGUGACAAUAUUCACGAUUUGCAACGUAUACCACACAGCCCUAAUAAAAAAAACAAGAAAAGACGGGUCUAAUAUUUUACAAUAAAAAACAAAUCUACCACUUUCCACGAAAAUCGGAGAACCACUAUAUCGGUUAGACAUGGAAUGGCUGAUACAUAUAAGGCAGAAAAAAGGUUUAACUUUGGAAUUCAACAUCCUAUAUUUCCUCGUACCAUUAAGUUCAUGGCGCAUUUGAUGUCGGUCAUCGUAACUGCUUCUAUGGAAAUGACGUGAGCAUAUGAUUUGAUUUUUGAUUUUUAUCUCCAUCUCGGAGAAAAGUGUGGUAAACAAUGU